AUGUCGGGCGUAUCAGCUUUUCCUUUUACCGUCACAGAGCAUAUCAUUGAUGGACAAUACAUUCGCGAAUACCCCCGAGCAACCGUAUCACAAGCCGCUUGUUUGAAAUUGGCAGUAAAGAAACAUGUUCCCAUUGACCACCUAAAUCCUCAACCCGGGGACGUGACCAUUAUUGGGGCACCUGGUGGUGGUUUUCCGAAAGAGUUAUAUGAGCCGUUGUGGGAAGACCUUCUUGCAAAAUGUAAAAAGAACGGAAUCCGAAUUGGAUCCAUCUGGACUGCAGAUGCUGCAAAUCUGGGUGCUAGCGGUGUAAUGAACGAAGAAUUAUUGGGAAAUGACCCAUCUUGGCUUGAUCACAGCCGGGAUCUUCUAUACAUGAUCAACCAAUUUCGUGAUGAAAUGCCGCGGCCCAUCAUCGGUGUGGGCCAUAGUAUGGGCGCAGGACAAAUUGUCCUCCUGUCUCUCAUGCAUCCUCGCCUAUUCACAACUUUGAUAUUAAUCGAGCCUGUAAUCGUACCAGACACAUUCACUGGAUACGGGCCUCUAUUAUCAAAGCUGUCACUCAAGCGACGUGAUAUCUGGUCUUCCAGGUCUGCAGCUAUCAAAGCGGCGCGAAAGACGUACAAGCAAUGGGACGAACGUGUUCUUGAGAGAUGGGCUUUGCAUGGAUACCGCAGACUCCCAACAGCCCUCUAUCCCCAGAACCCACGCAGCGAGACAGGUGAUAUCCAUAAUGGUCCGGUCACCUUAACUAGCACCAAGCACCAAGAAGUGAUGCAGUACGUUCGCUCAAACUUUGGGGGUCAUAGACCCCUUGGGCAACAAGAGACCACCACGGGGCCUUUGCAUGAACCCCUGUUCCAGGCUGAUGUCAUUGGCCCUGUAUCGAAAACAUCGCCCUUCUACCGCAGCGAACCUGUUAUUGCAUGGAAGCUACUUGAUCAUGUUCGGCCAUCUGUUCUUUAUGUCUUUGGUGGGACCAGUCCAAUAUCAAAACCAGAGCUUUGUGCUGAGAUCUUGCAGCGAACUGGUGCAGGUAUAGGGGGGAGUGGUGGGAUGAUGAGUGAGCAGGUAAAGUCAGUACGCAUUGAACGUUCUGGGCAUCAGGUACCACUUGAAGAGGUGGCUGAGACAGCAUCGGCUAUUGGAGCGUGGAUUGAGUCAGCGGUGCAGAGAUGGCGAGAGGAUGAAAUUAAGAUCGCGAAGGAUUGGAGAUAUUUGCCAACGAAAGACAGAUUGAGUGUCUCGGCUGAAUGGGCACCUCGACUGGAGGCUGCUUGUAAAGUGUACGAAAAGAAGUCGAGACUGUGA